CUUAGACUGACCACCAGUCAGUCCUCUUUCCCCCCCCCCUCAAAAUACUAUCACCACCACACCCUCCCGGUCUGCCGUGGCACCCCUGAGCUUCCCUUCUCGCUCUUCCCCAACCACCACCCAUGUCCUCAUGACCCUCUAUGAACACUCCGGACGUCUAUCGAGAUGCGGAAUACAUCGCUGACGUGUCCGGCAUCCCCAAUGGCGGCGCUGGCUCGCUCGCGCCGGUCCAUUCCAGCUCCAGCGGCCAUGCGGAGCGCCUGAAAAAAGUGCAGACGGCCGCCAAGGUCGCGUUCAUCGAUCGACUGCUCCGUGAUCUCGACAUUCUCAUCUACUGCGAGCUGUCUGCCUUGUAUUAUAUGGACUGCUCAAUAAUCCUCUUCGCCAUCCGCGCCAUCGUACAACUAAUCUUCUUCACCCCCAAAGCGCCCCCCUUCGACCCCACGCGAAACCAACCCUUUGUGGCCGCCAUCCUCGGCAGUAAUCUCCUGUGCAUGAUAUUCCACAAGUUCUUUACGCGGGCGGAAGCCGGCGAGGCGACCCGCGGGUAUCUGCACGGGGGGCUAUUGAUCGAUUUCAUCGGCCAGAAGGCGCCCGUCUCGUUGGCCCGCCUCUUAUCUCUGGAUCUGCUGAUCUUGGUCCUUGAUUUGAUCAUGCUGGGGCUGGUUGUUGAGCGGGUGAAGACCGUCGAGCCGGCUACGGCGAGGGUUGCGGCGUUGGAGCCGGUUGAGACUUCUCCGUCUGCGGAUGGGGAUGGCGAUGGGCAGGACCAUGAUCUCGAAGAGAGGGGGAUGAGGCACGCGAGAUCGGCUUCUGCGCAGGCGACGGAGAACGGGAUUGAGUUGGGAGAGCUGGACUCUCGCGGGAUGGAGACGGAGAUGGAGACGGAGACGGAUGUGGAGCUGGAGGAGCGGACGCAGUUGCUGGCUGAUCCGACGGAGGGCGCACCGGCACGCGAUACCCAUCCGAUGGAUCCGUUUGUCUCCGGCCAGACGGUGAUCAUGGAUGUGGGACUGCUGAAUGUCAUCCGGGACCAGUGGCGGUAUAGCCCGACUGCGGUGCGGCGGUCGUCGCCGUAUGUGCCGUCGGAUCAGACGGCGGCUUUUCUGCGCGAGCGGUUCGGGAUCCGGGUUGGGGCCGAUGGACGCAUGGAGCGGAUUGCGCCCGAGUAAUAAUGAUGAUGAUGAUGAUGAUGAAGAUGAUGGUGACGAUGGCCCUGGACCCACGUAAUGACUGUCUGUAGACCGGGGUGUUGCUUCAUCUACCUAGCUCUUUGUACAUACGACUGACCGAUCAGUCACCCAACGGAUGAUUCCAUACAUAUGAACCCAGCUCGGC